AUGGAAUCAGAAAAUCUAUCAGAAUUUGAUUUCUCCUUGCUACAAUCUGUACAAAAUUAUCUUCUCAGCGACACCGAUGUUUUCCCACCCGAUUUUACGUUCGAUCAAACCGUAUCUAAUGGCGAAGAUCUAUCAUCAAAGCAAAUGGUGGAGGAGCUGCUAAUGUGCAGCGAGGAGUACGCCGGAGGACCGGAAGUUCCGGCAGACGGGAAACGGCCAGUCGAGUGGCGGCGGUACAGAGGAGUGAGGCGGCGGCCAUGGGGAAAGUUUGCGGCCGAGAUAAGGAACCCGGAAAAGAAGGGCUCGAGAAUGUGGCUCGGAACUUACGAGACGCCUGAAGAUGCGGCUCUGGCAUACGAUCGAGCCGCAUUCGAGCUGCAUGGCACGCGGGCCCGGGUCAAUUUCCCGCACCUGGUCGGGUUGGGUUUUCCCGGGCCGACCCGGGUGGCUAAGCGGGGCCGUGGUUCGGCUUGA